AUGGGCUCGCUAAAGGAUAACUUGGACUUGCUGGGCCUUAUUUACGAGAAGUUCCUACAGUCGCGCAAUAUCUAUCCAUUUGCAAUUGACCGUUCCGACAGCCGGAUAUCGAUUAUUGCGUCCGAGGGCAAAUCGAUCAUAACUUAUAGCAACGACACCUACACCAUUGAAAAUAGCAGGCAGGACGCAGACGGAACUCAAGUCACUUACACCGCUUCUCUGAAAUGGCCUCAACUUGCUGUCGUUACGUACCCGACCGAAUUCGACGAUAUUGACUCCCGUCUAGUGGAUCGCCUAUUCACGAUCCUGACAGAUAAAUUUGGGCUAUUUUUCCCAAAGGAGUCUAAACUCCCCACGCAAUCGGGCACUCAUACCGAAAGACAUGUCUCGCAGCUGCAGGAGUCUGUGGCAGGUAUGCCUGAGGACACGUCCAGCCAAGCAACGCAAAAUUUAACGCCUACUCCUUCGUACACAUCGCCCGCUCCAAAACCGCUCCCUGCCGCUCUCGCACCACCGCCAUUUGAGGACGAGCACCAGAUCCAGUCCAGCCGGUCUCAGCCGCUUCCGUCAGCCGACGCACAAGCAGGUGUCAACGAUCUGUAUCCAGGCGGAAUGAAAGAUCCUCCAUUCAAAUCAUAUUUGGAUCCUCUUGCUGUCAAUCCAACAAGGGGUGGGGGCAUGCACCCAACUUCCUCUGACCCGCUGUUCAAUCGGAAAAUGGGGGACACAAAGUCAGGAAUCAGGUACGAUGAUCCGCUGCUGGGGCCUGACGAGGACCCUGAGCUUUUGGGGGCUGGUCUUCCAGGACAGAUGGGACUGCCAGGACAUGGAGGCUUCAGACGGCCCCCAGGUCCUCCAGGUCCGCCAGGCUCAUUUGGUUUUUAUGGAGGCUUUGGAGGACAUGGUAGGUUUAUCUAG